AUGUCUAAGAGCCGCGCGCAACACAAGACAACGGAUCGCUUUCAGGGUUUCUGCUGUUCUUGCGAGGACGCGCAUCGUGCCGAAAGUUUCCGCUCGGUCGCCGCCAAGUCAAACUAUUACCAGCGGGACGAUGCCGCAAACAGAGCUCGCAACAGGUCCGUGUCGAGCGCGAAUUUAUUUGACAAUUCGGAGGCACGGCGCCAGGUCGAAACGAACGGGAACGGGGAGCACGACCGCCGUCGAGUCGGUUACGGCGACGCGCGAGGACGAGUAACGAGCCGCAAUACUUCCGCCGUUAAUGGCCCACUUGGCGAGCGAGCGUCUCCACUUCGGGAACAACAAAAGGAAGAACAGCUUAAAAACAAUUCGGCUCGACGGCGCACUCGACCGCUUGAGGGACUUCCCAGGGCAGGGAGCGCGAAUCGCGAGGAAGUCCUGCCGUCCGUACUGAAGAACGUGUUCUCCGAUCCGUCGCCGAGCAAGGGGAAGAUCGAGGCCUAUAUUGAUGCCGUAUACGAGCAAGCCAUGAAGGAGAGAGCUAUGAAGCAAGCCAUAAAACAGGAAAGCGACAGGAGAAAUAAGGAUUUAUUGGGCGAAAGCGAUUUAUCAGCCGGAAGUACGAGCAACUCAAGGAGCAGAUUUCAAGAAUCAGGUCGACGGUUCUUUGAUCGGCGGAUUAGCGACGGCCGAUCUUCGAUUUAUGGUCCAGAAUUCAGUCAGCAAUUCCUCGAUCAUCGGAACGACGGUCGAUCAUUGAUUCGGGGAUCAGUCGCGGAUGAUCCACGAAAUCCAACUACGAGACCAACGAGGUUGGUAGGUGAACAGGGUUCUGCGAAAACGGACGGCGAAGAGGAUAAUCGGGAGUUCCUCGAGAAGUGCGACAGGUCGGUGAAUUUUUCAGAAAGUGGAAAUCGCCAGGAAACGGUGGGGGAUCGAUUUCGUGGCGCAGCUCAUCCUGAAAAUACCUUCGAUUACACACCGACGAUGUCCCCGGCAAUACACCCGUCGCGAAUUCCGGAAGAGAGUCAAUUUUCGAGGCGGACGGAGAAGAAUGCGUUCGUCAACGGCGAUAACGCGUCGCCCGAUAACGGAAGUUUUUUUCCCACGACCAUUGAAUUUUUUAUUCGAUCCGGGCUUGUCCCGUGCGGGGAUAAUUCUGACGAGAAUAUUAAUUACGGUGUCGCGUCGCCGACGAUAAAAUCGAACGGCUUCGAGGAGGGCGUGUUCGCGCUGCUAUCGAAAAUUGUGAUAUCGGAAACGCGCUCGUCGACGGUGGGUGAGGCGGGACAGCGUGGAUUUAGGGCAUCUUCGGAGAACAUCUCGGGUAACGUUAACGCGUUGAGAAACGCUUGGGUCGUGAGGAAGAACUUAAGUGCCGCCGCGAUUCGAAGAGGUAAUACGAGCGGCGAGGAGAGAAAAACGGAAAAUGCUAAUGUAUCGACGGGAAUCUCGGCUGUCCCUGCUUUUACAAGAUUACGAAAUCUCUCCUCUUCCUCCUCCUCCUCCUCCGUUGGAAUCUCGCGGCUGGAAGAAUUAUCUGCGCCCGUCGUCGCUGCUCGUUCCGCGGAUAAAUCAUUGACGAAAAUCCCGGAAUCAAAAACUCGCGGCUCGUUAUCGGCGAACGAGACACGGAGAUUUCCCGACGACCUCGUCGGGGAUUUGCACGAGGGCCGAGAGUCGCGCGGAAUGUACAGCUCGCCCGAGCGAGCGCCGCAAGACGUGAACUUGAAAAACAGUUACAAAUUCUGGAAGACCCGUCGGAAGUUCCGGAAGUCGAAGGGCGCCGACAAGUUUCGCGGGGACAAGGGCGUCGGGCGGGGGUGGAAACAGCCGGGGAAGUCGAGCCGUGGAUUGACGCGGAAGCGCGCGUCGCCGGAUCUUAAGCGCGACAAUUUUCGGGACAAAUUUCCGAAGCGCGAGCGACGUUUCCGAAGGCAUCUCCACACCGGAAGGGAAGUUUUUAAUAUCUUGGACGCUCGCGGUCGGAGCAACGGUCUGACAGGUGAAGGCUCGCGCCGCAAAGCGCGAGUCUUUACAGAUUACUACACUCGACCCGAGGUAGCCCGCUAUAGGCGAGAGACGUCGAGUAUUGCCGGAGACAAAAAUCCGAGGAAACAAGUGAUUUUGGAGUCCGGUCACAGGAAAGUCCAAUCCGGAGAGAACGAUAAUCCGUUCGACCUCGACAAUAAAGACAGCAGAAAGAACAGCGUCGAUAAGCGGAUCGAGGACAAGUUCGUGCGAAUAAGCAACGUCCUGAAGGAAGACUCUACCGAGGCGAGAAUUAUUCAAGAAACUCCGGGGAAUUUUGAAGUGGUUACAAAGAGCGAAGCCGCGAAAGCCGAUAUCCCGAAAAUUCAGAAUGAACUGGGAGAGAAUUUGUUUUCGCGAGAAAGCGGCAAAUCGGGCGGAUCAUUGGCAAUUCACGGCGACGAAAUACCGCACGGGCAGCAUGCGGAAUUAAUUGAUACGCGUCAGCGAUCAACUGCGAACGAAAAUUCUCACGCGAUUACGGAAUCUAGGGCGGUAAACAACGAAGUCACCACGAUUACAUCGCUAAUUACGCGAAAAGAUUCCACCGACUGUAAAGGAUCCGUUUUUCUCAAGCUCAUGGUCGGUCCUUCUCCGCCAACAUCGAUUACGGAGAAGCUUGAUUACGAUGUCUCGAGAGAGAUUAAUUUUAAAUUUGAUAAAUCCAAAAAUCCAAUUUAUGCAAGCGAAUUCGCAACGAGGCAGACGGAAGUUUUCGUGCAGGCACUUUCAUCGAAUGCUCCACGGGGCGAGAACGUCGACGGCUGUUUCGAGAUCACCGGUGAGCCACUUGGAACAUUAUCCGGCAGUUGGGCGAGUAGUUCCAAGGAAGCGACGUCUCCCGAAGCGGCGAACAAUCACAGCGAGGGCGAGCGAGACGAAACGGAGAACGCGAGAUUCCACGAACUUAAUAACAACUCUUCGCGGAUGAUUGCCGGCAAUUCCGUGGAGCCCGAAGGCCCGCCGAUCGACCGGGCGCUCUCACCGCGCGGUAGCGUUUCAGUUACUGAACCUGAGGGAGUCUCGUUGAGACUCAACAAAGAGGAAAUAAGUUCUCGUUAUACCGAAAAUCCGCUUCCGGAAAAUUCGAAGGGCUUUCCAGGGAGGUCCCGAGAGAGGGAGGAGAUUGCCGAGCUGGUGGACCGGAUCGUGAGACAAUACGCAACGUACACGCCCGUCAUGCCGGACAUGCCGAACUUCGACGAGAUCACGGAGGCGGGAACCCUGCCACCGGUGGAAGAGACGACGGUCACUCAGUUCACGACGACCUUGGCGACCACCACCAGGAUCACGGACGUGGCGUUCCGACCUUCGAUGCGUCCGUUGAGAACGACACCGCUUCCCGGGCAGGAGAUGCACGACGAGAUCUCUCUAGACGAGACCACCUUCGUGGAGGAGACGGAAGCAACGACGACCAGUCGCGAAACGACUGUCUCCAAACCCAGACCUGAAAGACCUAAGGCGAGCACCUCGUCAAGAGCAAAAAUACGAAGAGUGUCGAAUAAAACUGAGAGAAACGGGAAACGACGACAGAAAAUUGCCAAUCGCGUGACAGGCAUGAAAAUGACAGAUGUGGAAAAGAAAGUUGAGACUCACCCUUGGUAUCGCACUACAGAAGUACAGCAGAUAAUAGCAGCGAAUCGAUCUGUCCAGAAGAUUGAAGGAGGAAAGAAGAAGCACCGCUACAAGUCGAAGACAGAUUCUUUUCAGAGCACUUCCCCAUCGUGGACUUCAUCAACGACGGUCUCUUCCGGUGUCGGGCAGACGAGAGGCAAGAGAUCGGACUUCAUCCGCGCGGCGGGCGAUCGCGAUUCCCUUAUCUUCUACGACUACGAGGGCGAGGAGGAUGAAGGGGUUCGGCGAAGUGGAAGAACGAGUUUGAAUAAAAACGAAAAGUCACCGAAUAUAACAGAGCCGACUGAAUUACGUUCCAGAAUUGAAAAAAGAUUAACCGGCGAAUUGGAUUAUCCUGCGAGCCGCGGAUCCUCUCGGCACAGUUGCGAGAGUCGAGAUCAGACACAAAAGCCCAAUGCCGCUCUUCGGGAUAUUGUAGCGCGUAAUGUCGGGCUUCGUAUCGCUGGGGAUGAUCUCGAUUCGAGCGCGCAAGAGAAGGAGCGGGAUAUGCAAGAUAAUCUGAAGAACUUCACCGUUCUAAAGUUGAAAGACGACGCAGUUCGUACAUUCGACAAGGACGUUUCUUCGCGAGAUCGUGAAGCUAUGUCGGUGUCGUUCGGCAUUCCGCCCUCGGAUCCAUCGGCAAAAGUUUCACGGACGGAUCUUUCCGGAUCGGUGCGCGAGAGGCUGGAGCUAGAUCGUGGAACGGAGAAGCGGGGAACGUUCGGCGAGCGAAUGGUGGCCGAGAUCGACAGGGUCGCGGUGGUGCGAAAAAUCGCGGUGGACAUGUCGGGGAGCGCAAGAAGUCCCGCGGGCGCGGCCGCGGGCGCGGCCGCGGGCGAUUUGUCGGAUCGCCGCGGCGCGGAAUCGCCGGGGAAAUCGUCCGCGGGCGGGAUAUUACCGGCGGGGAGCGCAAGAAGUCCCGGGAACCGGGACAAAAGUCGUGAAACGGAUACUGUCAUUCGCGGCGUGAAAUUGAUGAUGCCGGGCGAUAAGGGGGAGACACGCGAGCUCGACGUCGCGGCUAAAAGUACCGGUAAAAAGAUCCCGCCGUCGUUCGCCGCCGCGCGACGACAACGACGGGGACGCGAGGACGCGAGGAAGAUUAAUGAAAAUCCCGCGGACAUCCGGGCACGUCGCGUUUCCGCAGGGGUGCGGUACCACCGACGUUCUCGAGACAAGGUGUACAACGUCGUUCGCAAAAUAAUCAAUAAGAUCGAGGGAAAGUCAUCGGUGUCGGACGACGAGGCGGAUACCGAGGUGGGAUUCGCGGGAAGUGAGAAGCGUGCCGUUCGGUCGUCGCCGGAUUGGCAUCGAUCGGGCGGACGACGACUGCUGUCGAGCAGCGGAGGAUCCGACCGCGUCGCGAGUAUCGACGACGAAUAUUACGCGAACGACGCACGUGAGACGGAUCGGGAGAAUGACGCGAGCGAUAAUGAAGCUAUUGCCCGCCGGAGGGAUGAUUUAUCGUACCUCGCUGAGAAUCCGCCCGGCCGGCGUGAGGAUCGAGAUCCGCGGAAAUUGGUGGCUGAAACGGAUCGAUUGGCAGAUGCGAGUGCCGAUGCUGCACGAACUGUAAUGCCAAAGGAAAGAACAGUUGCUGUCUGCGAUGCAGCGGUGCUCUCCGACGAUGUGCAGGCGAACAGCGAAGAGGCAAUCUCGAGUAGCAAUUACAGGAAUAAAAAGAAGAAAGUUAAGAAAAAGAAUACAGACUCUCAGGAGAGACCGCGCGAUAUCGAAGUAGUUCUCGAAUCGACCGAUCCUGCAAGUUACAACGACGAUAAAACGUUAAAAGUUCCUCUCGAAGCAGAAGAAUCUAUUAUCCAAAGAGUUGUCGAUAAUAAUAAUAAUCCAGUACAGGAAAAAAGUUUUGAUUCUAAAGAUGUUUUAAGAAACUCUCGAACCUACGGAGAGAUUAUAAACGAGGAGCCAUUUUCGCUUCGCGAGGCAAUCAACGAAAAUAAUUCACAAGAUGAAUCUCUUUAUGAAACUCAGUCGAUAUUUAAUAGGGAAACUACAAGCUUCCCUGCUACGAGUAGUCGAAAUCCAUCGAGUGCUGGAAGAAUGUUAUCGAACGUCGAUUUGUCAUCAAGCUCGGCAGCGCCGAAAAACGAAGGGGGUAUAAAAAUUUCGCUAAUUGGAAGGAUUCAGGUGCACGGCGGUUUCAAUCAGACCCCAGUGCUAAUAAGCUUAGAUGCCGUUCCCGACGGAUUUUCAACAACACAGUCCUCGGUUUCCGCAGGAUCGUCGAACACUAUUAAGGUGAUUGAAACUACCGCCAUUAAUCCCCCUCUAAAUGAUUCAAACGCGGAAUUCACGUUUGAUCUCAUGUCCGUGAACGAACGUGCAAAUGACGAAGCGAGUGAUUCACUAAACACGAUAUCGGACGAGAGUCAGGAAGCCGGAAAGUCGAACGUGAUCGACUUAACGCUACGGUCUCGCGAGAAGCUUUUCGAUCUGACGGGAAGAAGUGCGGAGGAGCGAAAGACGACGGAAAAAAAUCCCUCCCGACUCGAGAAGCGAUUGGACAAGUAUAACGCGAACACGAAAUCGGCCAAGCAGGUUUUUCUAACGGAUCACUCGGCCGAAUCGAACGACGAAGUGGCUAGACCGAACGGAGAGAUGAUUUCCGAGCGAAACGGCGCGGGCGGCGGGUCGAUCGACAAACUGGACUCUCGUUCGUCCGCGAAUCCGGUGUAUUUUCCAGACAUUUUGGGAUCCGUCCUGGUCAACAACGAUAGCCUAAAAGAUCAAGAUGUCAACGAACCGCCGCGUCGAAUCGAAACCAAUCGAUCCAGUUCAACCGAGACUGCAGACUUGUCGAAUACCACUCUUCACGUCGUACCGUUGAUGCGCAUCGACGUUGCGAACGACGGAAGAACCGGGACGACGUGUUGCCCGUGGAACGCCACUUCCGGCGGUUGUUACAGGAUGCCCGCGACCGUUCGGAAACUCGAAAUUACGGUGACGACCCCGCGCGAGUUGCUAACUUCGAGCAAUUAUCGCGACGGCGAUCCCGCUGAAACUUUUUCGCCUGGACUUCGCGAAACGACCGCGGAUGACCGGAGCGCGGUAACCACGAAGUCCUCGCCGUCAACGCGAUUGCAGAACGACGUUCUCGAAACCGCGACCGAACGCACGACAAACGAGACACGUUCUACCGCGACGCCGUGUGGCAGGGGCAACGGUAGAUCGAUUAAUGCGAUUCGCGCGAGGAGCAUGAUGACCAUCGUGAGAUUCAUGAUGAAACUGCUGAGAAUCAUCGCCGAGGAGGACGAAGAGCCGCCUUGUUCCAAGACUCCGAUUGGCGAGACGGUGAUUCACGUGGAGAAUGUGGUUAUUAACGCGUCGAGUCACGUGGAGCGGCAGGGAAGUACCACCGAUAGGGCGAUAAUAAAAUCAGGACGGACGAGGCAGGAUCUUACGAGCGCUGAGUGGCGAUCGACUGCAAUCACGGAAAGGAUACGCGAGAAAUCGUCCACGCUGGGCGACGGUACUUUCGAGUCCUUCACCGAAGCGCCGUCGUCCUACCCGGCGGCGUCCACCUUGCCAAGCUCUCCCGAUGAAGUGCCCGAGGACGAAAAGCUGCCCUCCACGCUCUUCGAGACCUCCACGGGAAGGGAGGUGUACACUUCCACUUUAUCGAGCACGAUUUCCUCCGCGACGCCCAGGUCCUUUCUAUUUUACGAGCCCGCACGAAAGUCGCACCGCAAAGGCUUUCCCUCUCGGAAAGACACCGGAGUCGAUCUAACGGGUGUAAAACAAAAUUCGAGCGUUUCCUUUAAGGGUUCAAAGGACGAGUCGGGAGGGAAGAAAUCACGAUUGGACGACGGCCAGGCGAGUCGUUCGUCCUCGCGGCGGCGGGACCAAAACCGAAGUUCCGUCGAGCGAUUUCACUUGGGUAAACAAGGAAUUGCUACGACGAAUCCCGAGGAUAAAAUCGGAUCUCGCCGGGCGGGAUAUUUGGCGAGGAGUAAAAAUGCCGGGUCGGGAUCGACGGGUGUCGCUAACGAUACCGUCAGGCGGAUACUUCCGCGCGAUAUCGACGUCUCGCGGGGUGCUUUAUUAGAAAGAGUCGGUGCCGCGAGAGAAAACAGGCCCGAGCGCUCGAAGUCGGAGGGGGCGGGGGUAUCAGAUCGGCGCGCCGAAACGAGAACGAAAUUGCUUAACCGUUCCGCGAGAGGUGGUCCUGCGGGAGAUUGGAUCGGGGAACAUCGGGCGGCCACGCGGCGACUGUCGAUCGAUAAGAAACUGCGGGAAUUGCGCAAAGUACCGGGCGGAACUCCAACGCCGGGAAAAGUCGUAUUUCGGCGCGUCCGCGGCAAGAUUAACCGCCCUCCUGACCCAAAUCUCGUUAGCGGUAGGAGUGAUUCGUUUAAGAUCGAAGGGAACGUCGCCGGAAAUGGCCCGCUGGCAAAACUUUCGACCGAUGAUGCUUUAUCCGUCGUCGGCGGUGGAUUAAGUUCGUUAGAAAGAGAGGACGCCGCGGGAAACGCGAUUGGAUAUUCGUCAACUUCUUCAUUAGCAAACGAUAACGUUGGCGCGUCUGGAAUCGGCGAAGAAAUCGUGGAUGAACGUGCGAGGUUCGUCACGAAGAAACACAUUUCGAACAAGAAACGGGAUGUCAGCGAGCGUCGCGAUUUCCGGAAAGGUAAUCGUGCAUUUAGGAAACGGCAAAGAGCCGCGAGCCCGACAAAGAGGAAGACAAAGCGGAAAAAGAAGAGAAAGAAGGGCGGUCAGCGGACGAAAGAUAUUUCGGAGACUGCUGAAAACCUGCAGCGGCGUUUCAAGAGACACUUAUUAAUGAUGUCCCUCGAACCGGAGUAUGACGCCGAUGACGCUGCGGCAAGAUUUUCGAGACGCCACGUCGCCACGGAGGGAAGAAACGCCGAGAACUUGCGGAAGUCCGCGGGUAGCAGCGCGAGAGUACGGCGGCGCGGACGCGACGGCGACGACCGUACGGUCGAUGGACCGGAAACCGAUCCCGGCACGGCGCAAAUCCGCGGUGGUCAAGACUGCACGGAUCGCCGACACCCGCCGAAUAUCGAUGCGGCCAAAUAUCUCGAAUCCGCGCAUUGUUUGCGCUUUAGUGAUUUAUGGUAUUCCGUGUAUCAGUUGGAGGAUCCUAUCGUCGAGCACGCGGUAUAUCUUCAGGUUUAUGAAAAACGCGCUUUAGCGAACGGAUCGACUUACUGGGAGGAUCUCACCGCAGAUUCCGUAGUCAGGUCGUUUAUGCCAUCAGAUUGGGCACGUUCAACAGGCACCAUAGAGGCAGCCAAGAUACGAUCGCUUUCGCCUACAAGGAAGUGA